AUGGAUGCCGACUCCACUCCCGUACAGCAGCACUCCUCGCGCAAACAUUUACGCAACAGCGACGAAGACAACGAAUCGGACCUGAGUUCCGAUGUCUCAGGACGGUUUGACGAUGCCGAGGAACUGGUCAUAGAGCUAGACAGCUGCAAUUCCCCGUCGGCAAAAUCGUCCAAACGGCGUCGAUCGAGCGAUUGGCCGUUGCCAGAUGAGGCCGCAGACUAUGGACACCAUGAUCGUCGCAACGUCCAGAAAAUGGGAAAUCCGACGAUUAGCUACAGAGCCUCACCAAAGGCAUCACCGCGUAUUUCAGUCGCAUCUUUUCGCAACAGGCAUAAAGCAGCAUCUUCAACCAGUCCUCGUAGCCGCCUAGGCCGGCGUUCACGUUUCGUCGAGGCGACAAUGAGCGACAGUGUCAGUGAGAAGCCACCUAGCAUAUUCUUUCGCGAAGGAAAAGGGAAUGGCCAGAAUCGAGGAUCAGGGAUCUUUCGAUUUGGUAAAACAAUCGCAGCAGCCUUUAAUCCGUUUGGAGUCUGGGGCAAGCACCCGCCUGAACAUGCAGCCAAGCCUGAGUCCGAGACGGACGCCCUUACCCAAGCUGAAGCGGCAUAUGCCGAACUAAAGAAGGCAGGCUUUAAAGGUACCAAUAAAGGUGCAUACACGCAAAAACAGCGUGUCGACCCGGCCAUAGCGGAUGAGACCUGGCAGGCAAUUGCAGAUAAGAUGGGCAUGAAUACCGCGAUUGGAAACCCAAUGCCCAAAUCUAAUGAUCAAAAUAACCAUAUCACAUCUCCACGGGCUGCUUCUAAGGCUCAUAAGCAUUCAUCCCAUGAUUUCUUCCUUUCAAGCCCACCGUCACUGCCUUUUAUCAAACAUGAAUCGACCGUUCCGUCGACAUAUCCGUACCCUGAGCAGUCCCAAGACUUUGAAAACAACAUAGUCAGACGACAGAAGUCCCGCAAGGAGCUGACACGCCAGGCCAAGCUUCUCAAGAAAGUUAGCAAUCUCGAGGACAAACUAGAACGCGCACGGAGAGAACUUCGCACUCUUGCUGGCAACGAGGUAACGCUGCCCCCCGUUUCUAAAGAGACAAAACAUGUCGAUCUGGAAAUGGAUCCAGUUGUUUAUCCUCGGAAAUUUGUUCCUGGCGCACUGCCCAGCCUUCCGUCAGAACGACUUCUUGACCAACAAGAUAUCCUUGCCGAUAUGCCCCAAUUCGACGUCGAACAACACACCGCUUUCACCCCGAUGCAAGAAGGUAGCGCGUGCCUCGAAGAAAACCAAUCAGCUUAUAGCACAAAGGUGGUCACUAAGUCCCCAAGACGGCGUGAAUCCCGACCAUCGAUCCUGGGUAAGGAAAGCUCUUCCCUUAAAAGGAAGUCUCCCGAUCCUGAACCUGUCGCUAGUCGGAAACCUCAUCAGCCCAUCCCGACGGGCCACCUGGACGAACAACCAAACGAACUCGAGCAAUUAAUCGACGCCGGUCUCCUCAGCCCAUCACGCCAAGCAAAAUGGCAAAAAUCCGACGCCGGCGACAGCCCGGGAACGGUAGAACGCACAAGAAGUGAGAAUCAGGACGGCACUCCAACAAAGAUGUACACCCAAUCCUGUCUGUCUUCUCCCAACCAAACUCGCCCGUCAACUGUCAGAUCUCCGCUUCUGGUCCGUACGUCGCGGGGCUCGUUUGACUUGCGCUCUAUUUCUAUUGACUCUAUUCCGGAUCCAAUAAGUAAUGAUCUUGUGUUUUCGCCAUCCCCGCCGCCCAUUGAAACCCAUCAAGCCUUCUAUUUCCAACAGCACUCUCAACUUGAUCCAGGACGUACUGCGCAUUCGAACUUUAGUCCCAGUCAAACACGGGGCUCCAAGUACGAUGAGGAAGUUCCUCCUGUACCUCCUCUGCCGAAAGAACUUCCCACAGCUGCCUUCAAAGAGAACAAAUUACCCAAGAAGAAAGCAUCUGGAAGAAAGGCUACGGCGCUUUCUCCACAGAAUUCGUCGGUACAGAAUCAACAUCAAGCUCAACAGCCUGCUUUCCUGUGGCCGGAGGACUGUUUUUGA